UUAGAAGCUCUCUUGUACUUUACAUAGAGGGAAGAUUUUGUCUUUGCCCCAACCUCAAAAGUCAAAGUUCACCAUUGAAUCUGCAGGCAGCCAGCGGCAAAACCAUUCUCGUAUGGCAAUGUCCAAGAACACUUCUCAAGUCAUAACAUGCAAAGCUGCUGUAUGCUGGGGAGGCGAGGAGUUGUCGGUGAAGGUGGAAGAGAUACAAGUAGAUGCACCAAAAUCAUCAGAAGUUAGAGUUAAGAUGUUAUGUGCUAGUAUCUGCCACACUGAUAUAAUUUUCUCCAAAGGCAUAUUAUUUCCUCUUUUCCCUCGAGUUCCUGGGCAUGAAGGUGUUGGAAUUGUGGAGAGCGUUGGUGAAGAAGUCAAAGACUUAAAGGAAGGAGAUGUUGUGAUUCCAACAUUCAUUGGGGAGUGUCAAGAAUGCGAAUAUUGCAUAUCAGGGAGGACCAAUUUUUGCCUAAAAUACCCUUUAACCAUCAGUGGCCUGAUGCCUGAUAACACUUCCAGAAUGUCCAUUAGAGGUCAAAAAUUAUACCAUUUUUUUUCUUGCUCCACAUGGUCUGAGUACACUGUUGUGAAUGUCAACUACAUUGUCAAGAUUGAUUCAAGCAUAUCACUACCACAUGCUAGCUUCAUCUCUUGUGGAUUCUCAACUGGAUUUGGGGCAGCUUGGAAGGAAGCUGAGGUUGAGAAAGGAUCAAGUGUUGCUGUUUUUGGCCUUGGCGCUGUUGGAUUAGGGGUGGUAGAGGGUGCACGAAUAGCUGGGGCACAAAAAAUAAUUGGCAUGGACAAGAAUGGAAUGAAGAAAGAAAAGGGGCAAGCUUUUGGAAUGACUGAUUUCAUAAACCCUAAUGACUCUUGUGAUAAAUCUGUUUCAGAAUUGAUAAGAGACUUAACUUGUGGGAAGGGGGUUGAUUAUUGCUUCGAAUGCACUGGAGUUGCUAGCUUGAUUGAUGAAGCUCUACUAUCCCUAAAAAUUGGAAAAGGAAAAGCAAUCACGGUUGGUGCAGGAUAUGAUACAAGAGUUCAGAUCAACAUCAGACCCUUUGUAAGUUGUCGUACUUUGAAAGGUAGCCUAUUUGGAGGCCUGAAAGUGAAAUCUGAUCUCCCAACUAUACUUGACAAAUGCAAAAAUAAGGAAUUCCACCUUGAUGAACUUUUGACUCAUGAGGUUUCAUUGGAAGAUUUGAAUAAAGCAUUUGAGCUGCUGAAGCAACCAGACUGUGUCAAGGUUCUUAUCAAUUUCUAAUUAAUAUGUAAUUAAAAGACAAUGCCACAAUCAAAGAACAAAAAGGUCAAAGUUAAUGUUGUUGGGCUGGCCACUUGGCUUAGAUCUGUCCGUUGUGACCAAUGUAAUUCAGUUAUUUGUGUUAUCAGGUUGGUGUUUCAA